ACUCACAAUAAUUACUACGAAAGUACGAAGUAGUAAUUUAUAUUGGUAGCAUUCUAGCUUUCAUCAACUUUAAGAUAUUCUAGAAACCACAAGUAUAACCGUACCACUUCACAUCAAAACAAACAAACGUAGGUAAACCAAAAAAUCUCAUACUAUAAAUUUAAAUCAUUCCUCCUAUAAUUUUUUUCAAGAAAUUUUCACUUUCUAGAAAAAAAAAAAAAAAGAACUACUACCCCAAGUUUUAAGGGAAUCAUCUAAUUCUACCUACAAAAACUAGCCUCUUGGUCCCCAAUUUAGAUAACAAUUAACCAACCUUUCAACUAUACUACCUUACAAAUACACUUACAACCCCUUCUUUUUUGGCCUUUCUUAUAUUACACCUCUUUUGUUAUCUCCCUUUGCUUAGCUUAGUUUAGCUUAUCCAUUUCUCUUCUUCUAAAGUUCUCUCUUGUUAUAGCUUGCUAUGAUGAUGCACCGGAAGUUGUUGGAGAUCGCGGUAGCGGCACCGACUACGACGAAUAACCGGACGGGAGCACCGUCUAAUAUGGAUACUCAGUUGACUCAAGCUAACUUUGACACCAACAUGGUGAUCAUCUUGGCUGCUUUGUUGUGUGCUUUGAUAUGUGCUCUAGGGUUGAACUCUAUGGUACGGUGUAUUUUGAGGUGUGGGCCACGGUUCGGGAUGGAGACCGCGGAACAGGCGGCCGCACGGAUGUCGGCCACCGGGCUAAAGAAAAGCGCGUUAAAGAAAAUACCUGUCGCCGUCUAUGGGGCAGACGGGAGUAAAGGAGGGUCAUCAGACAUGAGUAUGGAUCCAAGUGAUGACACAGAGUGCCCCAUUUGUCUAGGGGAGUUUAUUGAUGGGGAUAAAGUGAGAGUGCUUCCUAAGUGUAACCAUAGGUUCCACGUGUCGUGUAUCGACACGUGGCUUGGGUCCCACUCGUCGUGCCCCAACUGCCGCCUCUCGUUACUAGAGACUAUUGGCUCUACGUCAAAGGCGGCAGGAGGGGACAUAAUAAACGACGAGGGUAGCCAAUCGACGCCACCGUUACGUGACGGUGGCGACAGGAGUGGCAGACAGGACCACGUGGUGGUUGAGGUGAGUAGUGGUGGGAGUUGAGUAAGUAUUAAUUGUGAUUUUUAUAGUUUAUGUUUUGUGUAUUGGUGGAAAAAAAUUAGUGGUCCUGUAAAAAGAAAGAUUGUUAUGUAUUACAAAAAGAGGGAGAAGCUUAGCUAAGAUAGCUAAGUCAAAUUGAUCAAUUACACCAGUCUUGUUUUUGUUGAGAUGCCAUUUUGGAAGGUAUUCUUUUGACUAUCAUCUUUCAUCUUCUAUUUGGUGUUUCAUUUCCUUUUGUGUUUUAAUAUUUUUUAGAUUUAAUUUGUUACUCCUUAAUUGAGAAUAUUAGAUGCUUGAUAUAAGCAACAAUGAAUUUGUUUUGUACAUAAAAUGGAAAAUUGUAAUACAUGAAACAAUGUAUUCAUUGGAGUACAAUAAUUGGUAUGUAUAACUAUACUUUGUAUAGUAGUUUAUUUUGUA